AGCCCUACUACGUGCAGAGCGCGGGGUACUGGAGAGGAGUGGAUGGUGGGGAGGGGGAACGAGUGCUCGGUACCACUGCUGGAGGACUGUGACGCCUUUGCGCACACAAAGGAUCGAGUCGACUGCGUGGGUGAACACCGGGCUGUGAAAGGGCGUGCAGAGAAGCCAGAAGCUCUGUUCAGACUAUGACAGAAGUGCAAGGCGAGAGGAGAGGGUAAUAUGCUUGGGAGCUCCAGGCGCGGGCGUGGGCAGGGUGCAAGUGUGCGGCGGGCACGGUGGUGGUGUGUAUGCGGACUAACCUCUGGGACAAGUGUGAGUAGGCUGCUGGGCAGACUCGUGCGGCGAGCAAGCAGCGGACACGUAGGCGGUGCGUUGAAGAGGUCGGUUGGGCAGUGGGUGUUGAGCACGAGGAGGGUGCUGGGUACGGCGGGCUCCAGGCACACAAAAGCCGACGAUGCAGGCGAGUCUCUGGUGCAGGCAAACAACGACGGGGGGCGACUGAGGCGGCGUCUCGAGGGUCGUAGGCGACGAGCUCAAGGCAGACCGAGGGCCAGAGUGGACAAUAUUGACCGUCGUGUGUGCGAAGGGUGCAAGCGUAGGUGGAGGGGAAGGGUCACUGUCAAGCGCGAAUUUUUCUUUAGUUUAGAGGUGGUGGCUCCGACAGCCCGCUCCGGCAACUUCAUCACACACACAACCUGCGCGCCCGAGGAAGAGGAACGUGCUGCAGAGUGUCUAAUCCAAGACGUGCAGGCCUGCCGCCUAGCCUCUAUGCUGUCUGCCCUCGCCGUCGCCCUGCUUCUCGUUGCAAUGGCCCAAUAUCACUUGCUCCGACGCGCAUCCGGCAUGCCCUGAUGACGUCUCGUGCACCCCUCGCUGGAAUGGCUGCCUAUACAUACUACACACUACAUACUACAUACACCACCAUAGCCACGACCUCUCUUGCAGCUCCAGAGCCCAACCACCCCUACUGCCCACGGCACCCGAACUCCCC